AUGGCCUGGUUGAAUAAAAAAGAAGAGAUAAAGAAUAAUGAGAACAUGAAAGUAUUGGAAUAUGUUUGGUUACCGGGAGAUGACAACAAGCCCAAUAACAGUAAUAAGUUUGUCUAUGAGAAUUUGCCUUUGUCUUCCUUGAACAAUCCGAAUGCGGUAGGCAUAAAGAUUUCUCCGAGAUUGUUUAUUAAUGAUAGGAUGACUCCUACAGUUACAUCCAUAAGGAAAAAAUGGUUUUAUAAUCUAUCUUUGUUGGAUAUACCUACUAACAUACAAUAUCUAUUACAACUGGGUGAGAAUUUCGCACUUCCAAUCAGUGGCGGAAAGCCAUUGGUCAUGGAAUUCAUAAAAAGUAUAGAAAACAACAUUAAGAAAAUGCAAAGUUCAGUACACAAUAACGUCAGAAAUCAUUCGGCUGACAAGGGCAACAUAACAGUAGCAUUAGAGAAGAACUUUUAUAUAGAGAAAAUUAAGGCUAUGCUUAGUGAUGAGGGGACAUAUUCCAAAAGUUCAAAAGAUCCCAGUAAUAAAAUUAAUAAUAGUUUGAGAACGUUGCUUGCACGAUGGAAAAAAUCUAAAUUCAUUCCUGAUUUAAUAUAUAAAAAGCUGUACUGUAGCGAUGGUAACUUACCUAGAGCAUACGGAUCUCCGAAAGUGCACAAGGAGGGUUGUCCGUUCAGAGUCAUUAUUUCUAUUGAUAGUACGCUUUAUAACUUGACCGCGUAUGCGCAGAAUUUGAUUACCGAAAGUGUACCAAGGGCACAAAGUUAUAGUUUAGUAUCGCUGGAUGUGGUAUCCUUGUUUACUAAUGUGCCCUUGGAAUUAGCAAUGAAGGCUCUUUCUAAUAGAUGGGGUCACAUUGAAAAAAAUUGUAAGAUUCCGAAAGAGGAAUUCUUAAAAGCGGUGCAAUUAAUUCUAGAUUCGACAUACUUCACUUUCGAUAAGCAAAUUUAUAAGCAGACAUUUGGUACUCCAAUGGGCUCACCAUUAUCGCCCAUUAUAGCGGACAUGGUUAUGCAGGAUCUGGAGAGUCGGGUGCUGAGCACCAUUGAGUUUCCUGUACUAUUUUAUUACAGGUACGUGGAUGACAUAGUACUUUGUUUACCCACGACUGAGGUAGAAGGCAUCUUAGAAAGAUUUAACUCAUUUCAUCCGAGACUACAAUUUACGAUAGAGGUGGGUGGGAAUGCCAUUAAUUUUUUGGACACUACUAUUAUGUUCAGAAAUGACGGUCUCAUAUUUGACUGGUACAGGAAACCCACCUUCUCAGGUAGAUUUUUAAACUAUUGGUCUCAGCAUCCGAUUUCACAGAAAAAGGGCACAAUUUUGAGCUUGAUAGAUAAAGUGUUCUUUCUUUCGUAUCCAUAG